AUGUCUGUAACUGUCGAAUUGUGUGCUGCUGUUGUUACGGGUUUCGAAAAGGUUGCUGCCAAAGAGAUAACAGAAAAGCUUCCGGUUAUUAGUUGUGAAUGGAACCGUGGAAACGCAAGGUUUUCUCUUGACCUGAAAAAAGUUCCCGAUACAUUAAAACUUCGAUCUGUCGAUAAUCUCUAUGUGGUUUUUUAUGAGAAUUCGAUUGAAGGAUUGACGACGAUGAACAGAGAAGAAGCAUUGAAAACUAUUCAAAAACAAAUUUCGUUUUGUAACUGGAAAUUGGCGAUCGAUGCAUAUCAAUUGGCACGUGACAAAGAAAUUAAUGGAGGGAGUGAACGAAUUGUAGAGCAAAUGAGACAGUUCAUGGAACAAAAAGUGAAUUGUCAAGUGACUGAACAGUCACCGAAAUUUAGAGUGACUUGCAGAAGAUGCGGUGAAAAAGAGAUUCAUAAAUUCAGUUCGAUGGAUGCUGCAUCCAAAUUCGGGGCUGAAAUAAAUAAUGCUUUCGGAUGGAAAUGCAGUGUCAAACAAUUUGAUAUUGAAGUUGUUCUGAGAAUCGAAAAAGAUAAUAUCACAGUUAUGAUGGCUUUGAAUGAGGAAUCACUUUUCAAGCGCAAUAUCUGUUCAUAUGGACCGACUACAAUGCGAUCCACUAUCUGCUUCUGUAUGCUCCAUUUAGCUGAUAUCAAACCAGGAGAUAUCGUCAUCGAUUCAAUGUGUGGUGGGGGAUCCAUCCCAAUUGAAGGGGCUAAUGCAUGGAAACAUGCUCACUUUUUGGGAGGAGAUAAUCAUGAAAUGGCUAUGGAAAGAUGCAAACAGAAUUGGUCUGCCAACUCUUGUUCCGCUCGUUCAAACUGUGACUUCUUCACUUGGGAUGCCACGAAACUUCCACUUCGUGACAAUUCAGUUGACGCUUUAGUCACUGAUCUACCGUUCGGAAAGAAGAUUGGUUCGAGAAUGGACAAUCGAUUACUGUAUCCAAUGCUUCUUGAAGAGUGGAAAAGAGUGAUUCGAAAAGGUGGACGAUUGGUUGUGAUGAGUCAUGAUAAGAGGAGUUUGGAGAAUUCACUUCUAAAAGAUCGUUCUUCUUGGCACAUCAAAGCAUCUCAUACAGUUAAUAUGGGUGGAUUGUUGUGUCUCUGUCUCUGUCUGAUCAAUACGAAAAGUAUCUGA